AUGGCCUUUGGCCACCUCCAGUGUAAACACAGUGACCCAGGGAUAGCUGUGGAUCUGAGCGAGUACCGUGUGGCACCAACCCGGAACAGGCUGCUGGCGCCUCUCGAGCUCCCGGGACCAGAGGCUCGAUUCCUUCCCCAAAAGAGUUUACCCUGCCCGGGUCCACAUCACCCGGCGAGUACGCUCCUUUCGUUUCCGGGGUGGGGGCUAAAGGACAAAAAACGUCUCCCGGCAGUAGCCUCCCGAGCUCCAGCCCUGGAGGGUCGCCCUGAGAGAAGCCCAUGCGGCCCUGGGCCCCCCACUGCCAUCUCUAGUCCUCACCCCGCAGCGGGCUGGGGCGAGCACCCUGGAGGGUGGGGGCUUCAACACCCCUCCAGGAACUGCCGCCCCGCCCGCUGCACUGGCAGAGGGCGCGGGGAGCAACGAGGGACACUCACCGAGCAGUGGUCGCCUCGCCAGGUCCGGAACACCAGGCGCGCGAAGCCACCCAGAUGCAGCCGCAACGCGAGCGCGAGUUUGAAAGUCGCUCUGGGAAGGGGCCGAGGCUGCGGGCAGUUCCCGCCCACUGCCAGCCCCUUGGCGGCCGGGGCGCGGCCAGCUGUGAGCGCGGCCCCCCGGGACCCCAGCCCGCGCGCGCCUUCCCAGCGCCCGGCAGGAAGUCGGGGCCAAGACGAGAGGGAGCUGCAGCGGGAGGGACGGAGGGCGGACCAGGAAUUUUUCCAGUGGGUGGAGACUCCGGCCCGCGGCUGGAAUCCCGCGAUUGGUGGCUCGGCGGGGGGAAACUUCGCGGAGCUCCGAGCUGGAACGUGGGAUGUAAAGCCAAGCCUCGGAAAAGCUGUCCAGAGAUGAAGAAGCUGAUAACUUGGACGGAGUCCACCUAGAGACUGCUAGGUGGGAAAAACAAGAGGCAGAAAGCUGUGUAAUAAAGGGCUCAUUUUGGUAAAACGAA